AUUCAUCUGAAAAAAUACCAAAAUCCCAAUUCCGAAGAAAAACCCUUAAAAAAGGCUAAAAUUGUGUUAAAAAAAAUAUUUUCAUAAUAUGUAUAAUAAGAGUCAAUACAUAGUAGGCAAACAAGUGGAAAAAGAAGAAAAAAGAAAGAAAUGAUAAAUACGACAACAUCACUUUAUCUUUCAACACAACAACAACAACAACCACAAACGCAACAGCCAGAACAGCAAAAUAAUAAAAAGCAAUCGACCAUCAAUAAGACUGAUGAUAAUUUAUUUGCACUCGAAAGUGAUCAGAUAUCAAAGUUGUUUCCCAAGUGUCGACCGAAGGCGUGCGACGUAAAUUUGAAUCCCAUAAGCCCAACGUCGACGACAGAGAAAACGUAUCCCGGCAUCAUCAAGUCACUAAAUAUGAAUAAAGAUCGCGAACAGAAAUACAAUGCGAGACAAUAUGGAGCCUAUGUGCAACAGCAGCAGCAGCAACAACAACAGCAAACCCAACAAAAUCCAUAUUCCGCCCUCUACAAAGGAAUUGACGUGUCGUUAAAGGAUAUUGUUCGUACAAGAACGCCCAAUACGACGCCCGCGAGUACAGUCCUCAAUUCGCCGGAUCUCAAUGAUUACGAGACAAAAAUGCAUUACGGGCAACUGGGGCAUCAUCCGUUCUCGUAUCACAAUCAGAUAAAAGUCGGUCGAAGUCCCGUCGAAAGUUGCUUAGAUAACAUCGUUGAUGACUACAAUGCACCGAGUCCCAUAAGCCCGACAAUGUCUCCGCAAAAUUUAAUAAUUUCACCGCAGCAGCAGCAGCAACACGCUUCGCAUGAAAAUCGCACGGAUCUCGGUGACGUCGUUAUUUUCGAUGACAUUGGCAGCGGCGGGGGCGGCGGAGGGAAUGAAAACUCAUGGAAAUCGAUGAACACGAGCAAUCGGAAUCUUUCGACGUCGCCCAUUAUUACCGAUAAUGAGAUUAGACAGAUGAAACAUCGCUAUCUCAAUGAGUCGUAUAACGUUGAUGAUGCGCUAAAUGCUUGUCAUAAUAGUCAGCAGCAGCAACAGAAGAAUCAACAGGAGAGUAAUAAGAGCAACAAUAGCACACAAAAGAUAAUUGGCGGCUUGCAAAUAGCUGAUUACGAGGGGUCUCCACGGAGAUUCGGCAAUAAUGCGAAUAAUCAGCAACAGCAGCAGCAACGUUCGAAUAAUUCGAAAGCGGCAAAUUAUGUGACUUCGUCGCCUUCGAUGUUUCCGCCGAGACCUGGAUUUCCAAAGCGCGUAACAUCUUCAUACCAGACAUCUCCUCACGAAACAAACAACAGCAGCGCAGAUUCAGGUAGUCGAAGCAGCGGGGAAUUGGCAGAUAAUGAGGUCGAGCAUGGACAUACGCGUAAUUUUACACUUUCGCCCGAGACGACAGAUUACGAUUCAAAUUGCGGGGAUUUGGAUUCUGAAGUUUCUCUGAGAUACACGGGAUUGGGCGGUGAAUUUGGUCUUCCCAACGACGUCAAUGGAUGCGUUCAAAAUUUCGCGCGCAUCUACAACAGCAUGCCAGUAUUAGAAGAUGGAUUAUCGAGCGGUCAUGCCUCCGAUACGGAAAACAAUAACCCAAAUAGCAUUUCCAUGCAAAAGGAGCAUCAUCUCGUGGAUGUCAAUGAAAAGUACAUUGACUCCGGCUUAGUUGAUAAUCCGCCGUUAAUUUCGACAAUUCAGUCGUCCAUGGGGGGAAAUCAACGCGAAAAGUCAACACGCAGUGCCAUAACUGCCUUGGGAUAUGGCGGCAUGGAUAACGAUGACCCGAUAACGAGUUCCAUGAAGAACAGCAACGCAAUUAAUCCGAUUGGAGCUGCGAUCGUUGUUGGAACGUCGCCUUCGAUGCAUCCCGCGAGUCAUAUCAAUAUUCCGAGCGGCGCAAAUAAUGCACCGACAUCCGCCGUAAAUCAAUUGCUAAACAACCAAAAACAACAACGUAACAACCAACAGCAACCAAAUAGUAAUAAUUUAACAAAUUUCUUGACUUCGUCGUCUCAACUGCCAGCUUCUAUGAUGACUUCAUCGCCGAACAAUAGUCACGAGCGCGAAUUAAAAGACGUCACGAAUCACAUCAUCCAGAACAAUAUCGCGAAUAGUAAUCGACAGCAAGUAUCUAGCAUGGGAAUUAACAAAAAUAAGGGCGGUGACAUUGAUCUCGAUUCCUUGUACUCAACAUUAAACAUUGUCGAUACAACGCCUCCUCCGCCAGCGCCCGUUCCGCAUCGAGGCUUCGACGGGCAACACCAAAAUGAAGUCCAAAAUACUCUGAAAGACAUCCGUUCGACAUUACAAAAGACUCAAAAGCUGCCAUUAACGCACGAGACACCUGAAAGCACGUACGACAAUCCCGUGUCUCCCGAACCUCCAUCUCCCGUUUGGAUUCCGAGUUCUUCCAGGCAUCCGGAUAACUCGCGCGAGAGCUUCGAUUCAGAUCAACCAUCCAAAUUGCUGAGUGCCGACGAGGAAGAAGCCGACACAGAUCUCGAGACGGAUCGAUUGUUAGGGCAACAACGUUUAGACGAUCAAGGAUUCUUCGACGACAAAGUUCGGAAUAAUUGGUCCGAUCGUACAAGUAGACUUCGUGCAAGUGUUAGAUCACCGCUUAUUUCGACAACAAACAAUGCAAAUAGCUCGGGCAACAAUACCUCACAACGCGUCUCCCCGAAUAACACAAAAUCACUCAAUAAUCAAAAUAACUCCUCACUGCAACAACAGCAACAGCAAGUCAGUCUAAACAAUAAGAGUCACGCAUCAAUUACGCGACAAGGUGUUGGCACCACUCUCUCUCCCAACAAAACGUCGAGCGUUGAACACGCGAAAGAUGAUUUGUCUCCGAGUCGAUUGCAAUUGCAUAAAAGUCCCACAGGCUCCAUUGAUUCGAGCAAAAAAGACGACGAUCGUGGCAGCAAAACAGGCAAGAGCAAAAGUAAAGAAGGUCUUUUGGAUCCAACAGUCCUCAUCGAAGGCGUUCUCUUCCGUGCCCGUUAUCUCGGAUCGACACAACUCGUGUGCGAAGGCCAACCAACUAAAUCUACCCGCAUGAUGCAAGCUGAGGAAGCUGUUUCGCGAAUUAAGGCGCCCGAGGGAGAAAGUCAGCCCAGUACCGAGGUAGAUUUAUUCAUUUCGACGGAGAAAAUUAUGGUUUUAAACACGGAUCUGAAGGAGAUAAUGAUGGACCAUGCAUUGCGCACGAUUUCAUACAUCGCCGACAUUGGGGACUUGGUUGUGUUGAUGGCAAGACGACGUUUCGUGCAACAAGAUUCCGCCACAGACAACGCUCUCGGACUAAUUGGCGGCGCUGGCAGCAAUGAAGGCGUCAAUCAAACGGGCAACAGUGCAACGACGAAAGGCAAUCGCACCCCAAAAAUGAUCUGUCACGUCUUCGAGAGUGAAGAAGCUCAAUUUAUCGCACAAUCGAUCGGGCAAGCCUUCCAAGUGGCUUACAUGGAAUUUCUGAAGGCGAACGGAAUUGAGGAUCACAGUUUCAUGAAGGAGAUGGACUACCAGGAGGUGCUCAAUAGUCAGGAGAUUUUCGGCGACGAACUCGAAAUUUUCGCGAAAAAAGAGCUGCAAAAGGAAGUUGUCGUGCCGAAGGCAAAGGGAGAAAUUCUCGGUGUCGUUAUUGUCGAAUCCGGAUGGGGUUCGAUGCUUCCCACAGUAGUUAUAGCGAAUUUGGCGUCGAAUGGCGCCGCAGCACGAUGCGGGCAACUCAAUAUCGGCGAUCAAAUUAUCGCGAUAAACGGCUUGAGUCUCGUCGGAUUGCCAUUGUCGACGUGUCAGAGUUACAUUAAAAAUACCAAAAAUCAAACAGCUGUGAAGUUUACUGUAGUUCCUUGUGCGCCCGUCGUUGAAGUCAAAAUCAAACGACCUAAUACUAAAUAUCAACUUGGCUUUAGUGUACAAAAUGGAGUGAUUUGUAGUCUUUUACGAGGCGGAAUUGCUGAACGCGGAGGCGUGCGUGUUGGUCAUCGUAUCAUUGAGAUAAACAAUCAGAGUGUCGUUGCUGUGCCGCAUGAGAAAAUUGUCAAUCUACUUGCGACAUCCGUUGGAGAAAUUCUAAUGAAAACGAUGCCAACAUCAAUGUUCCGACUAUUAACUGGUCAAGAGAAUCCCGUUUAUAUCUAAGUCUGCUGCUAAUAUUGCAACAAAUAAAAAAAGUGCUAGUGCAUACAAAUAUAUAAAUAUAUAUAUAUACAGAUAAAUUAAAUAAAAAAUAUAAUAUAAUAGUGUUUAGUAGUCCGGAUAAAAAUAUUUAUACGUUAAAAUGCAUUUUUAGACAAAUGUGCAACAAUAAACAGAAUAUAGUAUUCAAAAUUGAUAAAUAAUAAUAAAAAGUAAUAAAUGG